AUGGUUUAUUUCAGUCCCCGCGGCAUGCAGGAACCGUGUAGCCCACCAGGAAUGCCGCUCGCAGCGAAGAGUCCCACGAUGGAAGGAGCCGUUCGUUCUGAUAUGAUUUCACAUUCGGACGUGGAGGUGGCCACCGAAACGGAGAGGCGGAACGUUUCCAGCCCGCACCAGGCCACAACCACAACCUCCGCAACCACAACGGCCAUGGCAAAUAAAAUCCAGCGGCCAACCAACGGGGGAACAUUGAAAUUUUCCAUCGCCAACAUUAUGGGCCGGGACGAGGAUCGUGACGAGAGACGUCAGGUUCAUCAGCAACCGUAUCAGAUGCAGAAACGGGAGGAGAUGGAAGAGGAAGAGCACAUCGACGAAGAGGAUGAUGAUGAGGACGCGGUAGUUGACGUCGCCAGCGAGGAUGACACGAUCGAGCUGAACUCUGUGAGUAGUCGGAAGCGACGUUAUAGUCAGGAGAAGUCGAUGAGUCCACUGUCGGCGGCCGGGUCUAGUCCUUGCUAUGAGUCACCGUCGGCUGUUUCGGUGGCUGAGGCGUACGAUUCCGCCUUCAAGAAGUACGUUCCCAACUCGAUGCACCAAUUCGUGGCCAACAAUAGACAUCACGAACUGUUGAGUCAGUAUCCGCUGCUGUACUACCCGGGUCAGUUGAUGUGUGCCGCCGCAGCGGCUCAGUAUGCCGCAUUGACUCAACAACAGCAGCACCAUCACCAACAUCAUCACCAUCACCAUGCGGCGGCUGUGGCAGCUCUACAUCCGUACGGAGGUUCGGGAGCAGGAAGGCUAGGAAGUCCGACGUUGUCUCCACCACCGACGGGAGUUCUGCAAGCACCAGUUCCUUCGCAAGCAGCUUCCCACAUGCACGGUCAUCACCUCCACGCACACCCACAUGGACAUCAUCAGCUACUCUCGGCAGCAGCUGCAGCGGCAGCGGCAGCCGCAGCCGCUGCUGCCUCCUCCGGCCAAGGCAAACACCCGUCAGUGGCAGGAAAACGACCCAAUUUGAAUCUUUCCACCAGUAGUACCUGCUCGUCGGUGAGUUCUUCGAGUGGUGCCAGCUCCAUGGGAGGUUCUCCAGGAGGAAGCGCUGACCAUGGGCAAUCCCCGCUAGUUCCCGGUGGUGAUGGAUCACCAAGUUCGGCGGCAGCGGCAGCUCUCGCUGCUAAGCAGAAAACUUUCGCUUGCCCCGAGUGCGGGAAGGUGUUCAAUGCGCACUACAACCUUACGCGCCACAUGCCCGUUCACACCGGAGCGCGUCCGUUUAUCUGCAAAAUCUGCGGCAAGGGUUUCCGCCAGGCGUCUACUCUCUGCCGGCAUAAGAUCAUCCACACGUCGGAGAAACCACACAAGUGUCAAACUUGUGGCAAAGCGUUUAACCGAUCGUCCACGUUGAACACGCACACGCGCAUCCAUGCCGGCUACAAACCGUAUAUCUGCGAGUACUGUGGCAAGGGUUUCCAUCAGAAGGGCAACUACAAGAACCACAAGCUGACACAUAGCGGCGAUAAGGCGUACAAGUGUAACAUCUGCAACAAGGCGUUCCAUCAGAUCUACAACCUGACGUUUCACAUGCACACGCACAACGAUAAGAAACCGUUCACGUGCAAGAUCUGCGCGAAGGGGUUUUGUAGGAACUUUGACCUGAAGAAGCAUAUGCGCAAGCUGCACGACGUUAGUCUUGGAGGGAGUGGACACAAGCGAUCGCGUGGAGGUGUCGGUGGAGCUUCACAACACCAUCACAGACUCACUUCGUCGGAAGGUGGGAGUCUGAACGGCAGAACUUCGUCCUCGUCUCCUGGCAGACAUCAGCUUCCUCCACCACCUCCACCACCACCAACUUCGUCGUCCGGAGGAUUAGGAAGUCCAACGGGUUCGUCCAACGGUCCCUCACCAGCUGCCCUUCACCAUCCGGUCCAUCUCCAUCACCCUCUUCAUGGUGGUUCGCACCUGCACGGUAGUCCCCACGGGCAUGGCCAUCCACAUCCAACCGUGCAGUCCAACCGUAGCUCCCCCGUGCCCUGGUCCAGUGCUUCCUCCCUCGCUGCCCUUCACCACACAGCCGUUGCGGCGGCAGCCAUUCGCAACGGAGGAACCGGGGACUACUCGAGUCCCUUCCUGAUGCCCUCCGGACGCCAUCAACGGUUGACGGCGGGCGGUGGAUCCGUCCCCGAUGGUCCCUUCAUCGGCAAGGUGUUCUGACAGAAGUACUACCAGCAGACGGGCGCAAGCUUCGGCGGGUUCCCGCAAGGAGUGCCACAAGUGACGGCGACGGCGAUCACCGUGACGGCUGUUGCUUCCACCGUGUCGCCGUAGGUCACCUUUUCCCUCGACCAUCUUUGCGAAAAUGCAAAGUUCUGGUGCUGAGGAAUUUAGCAGGAGAAGUGCAAUAGACAGAGCAUAAGAUAACAAGUCGUGGAACUUAGUCGAGGGACGAACCAAAAACAAAUAGGAAUGCCAUCGUGAUUUGCCGAUUAGAAUAAAAACAAGACUUUCGAGUAACAGAAGACCGUGUAUAAAUGUUAGUGAUUGGCGGUUUGUAGGACAGCAUAGAAU